AAGUCAAGAGUAGAGCGGCGGAGAGGCGGAGAGGCGGUUUGAAGAAGAGCAGAAGGAGAAAAUGCAGAUCUUCGUGAAGACCCUAACCGGGAAGACUAUAACCCUCGAGGUCGAAUCCAGCGACACUAUUGACAAUGUGAAGGCCAAGAUCCAGGACAAGGAAGGGAUUCCUCCUGACCAACAGCGACUGAUAUUCGCUGGGAAGCAGCUCGAAGAUGGCCGUACUCUUGCCGACUACAAUAUCCAGAAAGAAUCAACACUGCAUCUUGUUCUGAGGCUUCGUGGUGGGAUUAUUGAGCCAUCACUGAUGGCGUUGGCCAGAAAGUAUAACCAGGACAAAAUGAUUUGCCGCAAAUGUUAUGCACGCUUGCAUCCCCGGGCUGUUAACUGCAGGAAAAAGAAAUGUGGGCACAGCAACCAGCUAAGGCCAAAGAAGAAGAUCAAGUAGAUGUAACGUUAAGGUGUUGGUAGGGAUGGUAGUAUCUUGGAGGAUAUGUUUUAGGACGAUAUUUGGAAGCCCUGCUUGUGAGAAUUUUAUCAUGACCCUCAAACAACGAUGUUGUGAAUUUUGUGUUAGCCGUUUUGUGCUUUGAC